AUGAACUUUUUUAACCCUUACUUUGUCGUCACUGAAGCCAGUGGACAUGGAAUGAAGGAUGUACUAGACUGGUAUAACGCUACAGAUUCUGGAAGUCUAUACAAUGGCGUGCAUGUGGUCUUCAUAGACUUCCGAAAAGCCUUCGAACUGGUGGAUCAUGGCGUUCUGUUGACUAAACUCGCGGGCAUGGGCAUCACCAUGAGCUUUUGGAAAUGGACACAGAGCUACCUAUCAGGCAGAAUACAGCAGGUUAAGCUUCCGGGAGUCCUCUCCAGACAUGGUGAGGUGAUUGCUGGUGUACCCCAGGGCGGUGUCAUUUCUCCUACACUUUUUAAUAUGCAUGUCAACGAUAUUGAGGACUGCAUCCCCAGGGGAAUACCUGUAUCUACUUGCAAGUACGCUGAUGACUGCACCCAAUACGAACUUGUUUUUAAGGACUCUGUCAGUCAAAUGCAGGAUGCUUGUGACUCACUUGGAAAGAUGGGCUGUGCAGAAUAA